UACAGGUAGAUGUUGAUUAUCAGGACUACGUGUUUGUUUAUUCAUGUUAUUGUCGAAAUUAUUUGUAAUUAUUGUUGUUUGGAAAGUUUUGGGUGACGAGGAAUGCCAUUCGUUUUUCUGAACGAAAAUGAGCACGGAUAUUGAUAAUUAUAUCAGACAAAACUGCACUUGGGCGAAGUUACCGUCCACUGUUAGGCAGCUGCUAGGAAAUUCUCAAAAAGAGUAUGACAAGUGUGUAGUACAGUACAGUGUGAAGAACCAACUUCGUUACCGUGGAAAUCUGAUUCGACAUGUCAAGAGGAAUGAGAAAGGCUAUUAUGAAGAGCUUCUUCGUUACAGUCGUGAACACUUGAUGCUUUACCCUUACCAUUUGUCAGACUUCAUUGUUACAGGAAUGAGAAUCACUGCUUUUCAAUACUACAUAGGAACAAUGCAGGACUUGAUGGAACAAGAAAAAAGCUAUGAUUCACUUCCCAAUUUUACAGCUGCAGAUUGUCUGCGACUCUUGGGUAUAGGAAGAAACCAAUAUAUUGAAUUAAUGAAUCAAUGUCGAUCCUCUAAGAAAUUUUUUGGUGUACGGAGAAAGUCAGUGAGAGAACUGUUACCGUUAAAACCAGUUGAAGAUGUCCCCAUUGAACCCUGGUGGACUGUUCAUGUUGGCUUUGUUACAGAAGAUGACAUCAAGAUGGUGACUGCCUCUGAAAAAAUGAUUAUUGAUAAAUUAAUUGACAAUGGUGUUCAGUUGGCUGGAAGUCUAAACAGAAAGGAUGUUCGAGCUCUUUACCUCAAAGGAUUAGUUUACCUUGAUGUACCUGUCGAAGAUGAAGAUUACAUAACUGUUCCACCUUUGGAAGGUUUUGUAAUGAACAGAGUAAUGGGAGAUUAUUUUGAGACUUUGUUGUACAAGAUCUUUGUAUCCAUUGAUGAACACACAUCUGUUGCUGAGUUAGCUAGUGUUUUACAGAUUGAUUUACAACAAGUUAAGAAUGCAGUUUCCAUGUAUUGUCGAUUAGGAUUUGCUCGUAAGAAAACUCAAGAGCUCGAGCCAAACUUUUAUCAUUUGUCAUGGAAGAACAACGGUUCAGCUAAACUUCAAAGUUUAUUCCCAUAUAAUCGUUCAAAUGGAUUUUGUUUACUUACUCAUAUUUAAUUGCAGAUAACUCAAGACUCGUAUAAUACAAACAGUCUCUCUCGUGCUUUAGUUUCCACCUUAUUGUCUGCCACGACACAUUCCAAGCGAAUUGGGUUCCUUUUUGACUCCACCUUGACUGCCUUCCUUAUGAUGGGAAAUUUAUCUGUUGGUUUGAAGAGCCAUGCUGUGACCAUGUUCGAAGUUGGGAAACUUGCAGAUGAGUCUUUAGAUAGUUUUAUUGCUGAGCUAGAAAAGGUUGCUGAUGUUGGUGAAGGAGAGGCUCGGAGAUAUUUUGACCAUGCUCUUACGUUACGUAACACAAUUCUGUUCCUUCGCUAUAACCAAGGAUUGGUAUGUUCAGCAGGUGGUGAACAAGAUGACAUCACGAGUAACUCCAGUGGAAGUACAAGUGGCCUUGGCUUAGAUCUUAUUCGCUGUGAAAGCCUGCAAACCCUUGAUCUGGAGACGUGUGGCCGGUUAUUGAACAAGAAUUAUGCGUUGUUAGUUUCAAUGGCCCCACUGAGCAAUGAGAUUCGACCCGUAACAAGCUGUAUUCCUCCUCAUCUAGGUCCUGCCAUUCCUGAGGUCAGCUCUGUUUGGUUCCAACUUUUCGUCUACACCCUAACCAAAAGUGGACCACCAACCAUGCUUCUUGUGAAGGGUACAAGGUUAAGGGUCCUUCCUAGAGUUUUCCAGGCUUAUGACAAGAUAUUAGUGACCACUUGGGGUCAUGACCCUGGAACUGUUCCAACUUCUAAUGCCCUAACAACACUGAAUGAUGCUCUUUAUCAUUCUGCUGUGUUAAUUCAGGCACAAGGGACCAGAGGUGAAUUUUCUUAUGUUUCAUUCCCCUUUGAUUCUGAUAUUGAACAUACCAACUCUCCAGGAAAGUUCUCAAGUGACCACAUGGAGCAUCAUAACACCAUCAGACUACUUGCCCAGGAAAUAGAUUUGAAGCAUGGCUGUGGCUACAUUACGAUGAUGAGAUUAACCAGCUCUGUUAGCCAAACUCUAAUUGCUGAUAGCUCCUCUACGUUCCUCAACUUGUGUGGGAACUCUUCAGAGGUUUUUUCUACAAACAUUUACCAGCCAGAAGCAAGUUCUAUCUCAACCCUACCGGUCAACGGAAUCACGAGCAAGGAUUCUGAAGAGCUCCUGGUAUCUGAGCUGGAGAGACUUGAUGUUGUAGAUUCAGUUUCUUGUAGUUCAGACAACAUCUACUCUUCGAAUACAACUGAUGACCCACAAAAAGAUGCCGAAGAUGAAACUACUAGGAAAGAGGACCAAUUCCAAGAGAAAGAUUGGGUCAUACUUGAUUGUAGCUUUGGAAUUCCCUUGUUUGAUGGAAGAUUAAAUCAAGAUGUCUGCCAUAAGAUAGUGAAGCAUGGGCUGUGUAAUCCACAGAGCCUCAAGAACCUGACUCGUUCCAGCCGCAAACUGUGCCUUAGGUUGUUGGAGUUUAUAUCUAACUAUCAGGAAGUAAAGGUUUGUCCAGAUGGUAAAAACUUUGUGUUCCCACCGACCCGGCCUGGUGUGGAAUUAGAGCUUCCUUUUCCCACUCAGAACUUACUGUUUUUCAAUGGACAAUUGACCGUGUGGGAUGGAAGGUAAAUGAUGCCAUUCUGUAGUGGAAACAAGUGCCAAGGCCAGCUCUCGGUAGUGUACAAGCUUGGACUUACCCGAUCAUUGAUUCUACUUCUCCUGAACAGUGAUAUUGAGCUAGAGCUGUCAAUUUUCACAAAAUAAGCUGUAUAUCUACUUGUAAAGAUCUACCUGGUACAUAUCUUCUAGGUGUGGACGUAACAGAUGUACUAAGGUUCAUUCAUUUUAAAACUAGUUUUACACAAGACUGGUUUUAUAAACAGCUGACACCAGUAUUAAUUGAUCACCUGAUACAUUUUAAAACUAGUUAUAGACAAGACUGGUUUUAUAAACAGCUGAUACCAGUAUUAGUUGAUCACCUGAUACAUUUUAAAACUAGUUAUAGACAAGACUGGUUUUAUAAACAGCUGAUACCAGUAUCAGCUGUUUAUAAAACCAGUCUUGUGUAAAACUAGUCUUAAAAUGUAUCAGAUGAUCAACUAAUACUGGUUCAGCUGUUUAUAAAACAAGUCUUGUGUA